AUGGAUUUCGUUUCUUAUCUUGUAUUCUUAUGUUUUUUUACAUUGGCUGUUAUGUGGCCAUCAUGUGGAAAUUUAUUGUUGGAUAUCUUAGUUUGGUUUUGGGCAGCAUCAAUUACUAUUGAAACUACAUGUGUUACUUGUGAAAAAUAUUAUAGUAAAACUAGUUUCCCUGUAAAACCUGUUCUAUUAGAUAUUAGUAUACAAACUAUAUUUCUGGCACUUUUUCUUGGUGUUAGAAUAGUUGGUUUAUGGAAUUUUGGAACUUGUCAAAUUUUAACAGCCAAAGCUAUCUUAAGUGUUGGAUUACUUUAUUAUUAUUAUCGAUUAUUAUUUAUUUAUUUACCGAUAAGUCCAACACUUGGUCCUCUAAUGAUUCGACUUCGAUAUAUGGUCAUAGAUGAUUUUUUUAAAUUUUUACAACUAUUUAUGAUAUUUAUGAUAUCAUCUGGUGUUGCAAUAACGGCUGUACUUUAUCCACAUCAUCCAUUUAAUUUAAAUUUAUUUUCAAACGCUAUUAUAUUUCGUGGUUUAAUGGCAUUAUUUUCUGGUGACAUGAAUGAUUUAAAACAUUCACGUGAACCAUGUUCAAUAAAUGCAACAACUCAGGCAGAAAGACAAUAUGCUUGUCUCGGAUUAUCUCAUGGCUCUUCAUUUAAAUGUAAGAAUAAUGUCUUAUUUUGUUUUAAUAGAAAACAGGUUUUCAUUCAAGAUGACAAUCCCUAUGCAUAUAAACGUUAUGGAAUAUCAUCAACAAAUUGCAAUCAAAUAUCAUGGAUAGCAUGGUUUUUACUUAUAGAAUAUUUCUUUUUAUCUAAACGUUUUCUUACAUCACUUUUAACAGCGAUGUUCGGUUUAACUGGAGCUAGAGUACAAAAUCAAUCUCAACAAAUUUGGUUACAUAACCGAUAUAAAAUUCUCUUGGAAUAUAUUACACGACGAUCUUUACCUCCACCUUUUGUUAUUAUUUCUUAUAUUGUAACAACUAAUGAUGAUAGUGAUUUUGACACAAACAAAUUCAAAGAUAUGUCAUCUAAAACAAUCCAACAUCGUUCAUUAUGUGAACGUUUACUUAGUUGUAAACCAUGUCUAAGCGUUAUAAAAGAGAACGAAAAUAAAAUUAAUGAAAAUAAAACUAACGAGGAAAAUAUUGACGAGAAUAUAUAUUGGCAACGUAAAGCUACAGAAUUUUAUGCUAAAAAACAAGAAGUUGACAAAGUACAAGACAAACUUGAUAGUUUAUCCAAUAUUACAACCAAUAUGCAAAAAAAUAUUGAUGGCCUACGUAAAUCAUUACGAAACAUCACUAAUCGUGUUGUUACAUCAGAAAAAUUAUUGAUUGAUUCUCAAAUAUUACUUGAAAAAAUUCAUACAAUAAUUAUACAAGAAGAUAGAUCAUUACCUAUAUAUCAAAAAUUUAUUCAUACAUUAUCAAGGGAAUCACCAUAUAUUUAUACAAAUGAAGCACGAUUUCCAAUUACAGAAAAACAGAUUCCUUGGAAGGUAUCAUUGGAUUCAUAUGAUCCAACAAUGAUUUCAUUAUCAAAAGAAUGUGAUUGUUUUCAAGACAGUGAACGACCAUUUGUUGAACCCGAUUUAACUAUCGAAUCAGCAGUGAUCACAGUAUCUGAUGAUACUACUCGAUUAUCAGAUUAUAAAUGGAAUCAAGUUGUUGAAUCACAAUUACCUAAUGGAACAAAGAUUAUAAUUGAUCGAACAACUUGGAUUGAAACUUCAGAAGAUCAAACACCAUCAGUCUAUUUAUUAGAUAAUCAAUUAUCAGUACCUUUAAAUCCUAUGGGCCGUACAGGUGUAGGUGGUCAUGGUGCACUAAUUCGCUGGGGACCAAAUAAAUCUAUUAUAGCUGUAAUAACACGAUGGAAAAAACAUCGAGAUCAAUAUGUUGUUAAUAAUGGACAAAGAGUUUUAGAAACAUUAGUAUUUAAAGAUAAAUAUACAAAUGAUUGGAAAUUAUCUGCAGCAAAUAUUUUAGGUGUUGAAUCUCGUUAUGGUUCGAUAUGUCGUAGAUUUCAUGAACUUGCUUUUCAAAAUAAUUUUAAUUUUGAAUAUAUUUCAUCAUUUCAAGAAAGUGAUAUGAUUGAACAUUUUAAAUCAUUUACUCAUGUGUCUACUGAUACUUUUGAAUCAACUGAAUUCGAAUCCCAUAUGGUUUAUCGAGGAUACAUUGAUGAUCUACGCAAUACAGAUAAUGCUUGGAUCGAAGCAGAAAUAUGGAAUUUUCAUUACAAUUCAGACAUAAUAUUUCUUAAUUUACGUCAAGACGUAUGUUUAUUAUUUUUAAUCUAA